CUGUAUUUAUGGCAGGUUCUGGCGGUAGUGGUUAUGAAAGUGUUUACAUGACACACUAGUGUAGAUGCAAUAUCAACAUUAAUAUGUUGUUCGUCUUCUAUAAUUAGCAGCACUAGUAUAAGCAAACAACCGAUAGUUUUUAAUAAAAAGGAAAAAUAUGUCUGUGUAUGGAAAUCAUUUUGUUAGCGGCAUUAGUACAGCUUCAUUAACUACAGAUAUACAGUCUUAAAAUGCAGACAAAAUGGCAAGUAGCGAGGAUAUUGUUAAGACAGCUUUAUUAGACCUCCUGCGGAAACACUGCAUAGAUGAAUCACUCAGCUCAAUUGACGACAUAGUCCUAAGCUACAUUUUGAGUAUUCUCGAGGACCUGGGACAGGACACUUGUAAUGAUGAUGUUGAUGUGGACCACUUCGUAGAGAUGAUCAGCGCCUAUUUGCCAGGAUUCAGAGAGAUCAACAGUUCUGAAGUUGUGGAUUGGAUGAUUGGACUGGCUUCUCAACUUAGAGUUGCUAAGAGCCAAGGACCAUCAGCUGAUGGCAAGCACGACUCUUCUUCCUCUACAUCUGAUAAGAAAUGCAAUUCUACAGAACAAAAAAACGUGAACAUCGGUUCAAGCAAUGCACCCUGUAAGCAGUCUGGUCGACGGAGAACAUCAUCAAAUUCUGAAGUGAGCACGAAGAAACCUCUUGUACAUCAUGAUGCAGAUGGGAGCGUGUAUGAAGAACAGAUCUGUCAGUUGCUGGAGCUCUUUCCGGAAUCGUGUGCUGUCGAGGUGUUACACUGCCUCCAGCUGACCAAUGGCAACACAGACAGUGCUGCACAGCUCGUGUUACACAGACAGGAAACGGGAAGCUGUAUCAAACCAUCGGGCUCAGCAGCAAAGCAUCCACCACAAAUGAAAAUAAUUGAAGAUAAGAAAUUAAAAGAAAUGUUACUACACAAAUACGGCUUUGUGGAUACCGAUGAAGACAAGAAGACGCACAUUCCUCCUCCACUCAGACAGGAUACAAAGAAAAUGGUUCGUUACCUUGGGAACCAGGUUGUCAGCACCAAAGGUGAACGCUACACAGAGCUGAAAAAGCCUGAAAGUGAGGAGAUGAAGAAAACCUAUGUAUCUCUAAAACCAGCACGCAAAUACAAAUUCCAUUGAAA